AUGUCGAACCAGCGGGCGUUGUCCGCCCUCGGCGAAGAAGGCCGGCAUGCCCAGGAGGGAGGCGGCGGCGUCGGUGACGCAGGCGGCGUCCAGCUGUCGUCCGAGCAGGCGAGGCUGCUGCAGCAGGUGGUCUCGCAGCUGCCCCAGAACUCCAGCGACUCGCAGACCGCGCAGCUCCUCGCGCUGCUCACUGGCGCCCAGAAGGCGAGCUUUGCAAAGAACCACAGCCCCAUGGCGCCCUCGGCCCUCGAGCAGCUGAACGCGGCCCUCCGCGGGGCGGUGCCCGCGCCUGCGGAGAAGGGGGCCGCCGGCACACAGGCGAGCCAGGGUCGCGGGGCGGGUGACGGCGCCCAGGGCACACAUGCCGUCCCCCGCGACGGGGCGGCCCAUGUGUCCGGCUCCGGCGCGGCGCCGGAACGCGACGCCCCUUCAGUGUCCCAGAACGCCCCGGGGGACUCGGCAGGGAAGGUCGACGCGGAGAAGGCGCCCCGGGCCGGGCGAAAGCAGCGCCGGGGGGAGCGUGCGCCGAGCGACCCGGACGCCAGCGCCGGGGAGGGCGACGCGGGGUUCGAGCCGCGCAAGAGGCACGCGCCGGUCUCGCCCGUCGCCCCAACCAUCAACGUCGACCCCUCCACCGAACCUCGACCCCUCUUGGGGGGGGGGGUGUGCCCCUUGCCGGGGGGCGUGGCCGAGCCCGCUCCGCCGCUCUCCCACGACGAUCUGGAGGCGCUGCGCGAGAUCAUCAGCCACCCGGCGAUGGUCGUGGCGCUCGGCCCCGUGCACGAGACGAUGGCGAAGCCGCCGGCCGCGAUCCUGCGCAUGAUCGGCGACCUGCCCUCGCACCUCCUGUCGCACAUGCCGACCGCGCACCUCUUCGCGCUCGCACGCAUGCUGCCGAAGAGCUCCCAGCCGCCCGCGGCGGCCACGGCACCGCCGCCCGCGGCACGGCUCCUGCCAGAGCCGGCCUCGCUCCUGGCCACCGGCGCGCUCUCGAGCUCGCUCCGCGGCCUCGCAGCGCCGCCGGCGAGCCUCGGAGCCGCGACGCUCCCCCUGCAGGCCAGCCACGCCGCGGCGGCGUCGCUGCCGGCGGUGACCCUCGGAUCUCACCCGCUGGCGCACCCCGGCCUGGUGCUGUCGGCUCCGCCGGCCUUGCCCCUCCCGCCGCCGGUCCCGUGGCCACCAGCGCCCGCGUUCCCGCGCUCGGACGCUCCGCCGCCCUCGGUGCUGCCCCAGCGCGUCACCGCUGCGCUCAACACCGAGUCCCCGGCGUCGGCCGCCACGGUGUCGCCGGGCACCUCGCACGGCGCGGGCCUCGAGGUGCCCGAGCGGUACGUCGAGAACCGCGGGCGCGUCCCGUGGUCGAAGGAGGAGGACGACGCGCUGCUGUCCGUCAUCCGGCGGUUCGGCCCGCAGAACUGGCGGCUGAUCGCCGCAGUGCUCAACCAGGAGAUGGAGGCGCAGCUCGCGUCGUUCCAGCCCCGGUCGGACCGGCAGUGCCGGCAGCGGUGGACCAACAACCUGGACACCAGCCUCCGGCGCUCGCCCUUCUCGCCCCAAGAGGACGAGAUCAUACUCAGGGAGCAAGCUCGCCACGGCAACAAAUGGGCGCAAAUCGCGCGCGCACUGCCCCCCGGGCGCACGGGCAACCAGGUCAAGAACCACUGGUACACGCGCCUGAAGGACGUGUCGGAGAAGCGCGGCCUGACGCGCGCGGAGCCCGUGCGCAUCCCCCCCGAGUUUGCCAGCCUCGUCAGACAGGCCCCCAAGCCCUCGGCCCCCGUGGACGUCGCGUCGCGGCCGCCGCUCGCGAUCGACGCGCAGCAGCGGCCCGCAGACGGCUCGCCCCCCCCGCCGCUCCCCUCCUGGGGCCGGAAGCCAUGA